AUGGGGAAUCCAUCUCGAAAGGACUGGUCUACUAGAUUGGAUGAAGCUCUAUGGGCAUAUCUAACUACAUUUAAAACACCACUAGAGAUGUCACCUUUUAAACUUGUUUACGGUAAUCCAUGUCAUUUACUUGUUGAACUUGAGCAUAAAGCAUUUUGGGUGAUUAAGAAGCUAAACAUGGAUUGGGCUAUUGCUAGCGGCAAUAAAUUGCUAGAAUUGAAUGUGAUGGAAGAGUUUCAAACACAAGCAUAUGAGAAUGCUCGUUUGUAUAAGGAAAAGACCAAACCAUGGCAUGAUGCCAUAAUUUUACCAAGGCAAUUUGAACCUGGAUAG